AAACGGUUCAGCACUCUCAUCAUAAUGAUGCUGAUAGGCCUGCUGCCCGUACUCUGCUGGACCUCAGUGACAGCCAACCAGGCGGCCAUGCCCAUUCCCCAGUUUAUGGUGGGAGACGUGCCGGCCAAGGGACAGCCCUACCAGAUAGUGCGCAUCAUCGAGUACUUGGUGCCGCAUCCCUACAAGCCGCCAGCUGGAAGUUCUAAGAACAGAGCCGGGGCGGACAGUCUGGAGAUCAUUGCGCCCCACUUGGAGAGUCAGAUGAACAGGCAGCACGUCACAAACGAAGCUCACCACGGGGAGCGGACGAUCUUCAACGAGAGCGACAACGAGAGCUUUGCCACAGCAAAGCCAGCAGUGUCCUCUAAUUUCAUAGUUAAGAUAUACCCGAUGUUGGGGGUAGUCUGCACUGGAGCCCUGAUCUCCCACCGCCUGGUGCUGACCGCUGCGCAGUGCUUUCCGGCCAAUCACAGCCCCAUGCCGGAGCACUAUAUGGUGCAGGUCACCAAGUUUGGAAUGUAUGAGGUGGAGCUCAUACUGGUCGGACCCUCCUCGCAACUGGACCCACAUAUGGCUCUGAUGGUGCUACGGACGUCCAUCGUGGAAAUCGAAGCCAAGCCGGUCGCCCUUUGCGAUGCUCCACCCAGGCGGGGGGACAGUGUCAUCAUGUACAUGUCGCAGCAGCUGCCGCGCUUCCUGCGCACCCAAAUCGUCCCCAAACGGGUCUGCAGGAACACCUUCGCCAACCUAGAUGCCGCCUACAUCACGGAGAAGAUGCUUUGCGCCCACAACACGAACAAGCGUGAGGAUUGCCAGACGACCAAGGGGGAUCCGCUGGUGCACCGGGAGCGGCUCUGUGGCAUCAACAUCCACGGACCGCGCUGCCUGGACGGAGCCAUAAAUGGGGAUCUCUAUGCGAAUGUUUUCAAGGCCAAGCAGCAUCUGCUGACCAUGAUCGAGCGCUACAGCUAAAGGGCUUUAAAGAUGCGAAAACCCCACAACCAAAUUAAAUUUAUUGGGCAUGUGCCCCGCAUGUAUGCGGAUGCCCAAAUCAAAUCAAUGUCACUAACCAAACACGCAAAAUCGAAUGGGAAAAAAAGCUGGAAAAUUGGGAGGGGACAACGCCUCCUUUUGUUAGUCGCUGGGAAAAUUGAAAGGCGCUGCCGACAAAAAUCAGACAAAACGUUUUUUUAAAAUUUUUAUUAUUUUCUUUCAAUUUGUGGCUAAAAAAAAUUAAACUUCAACCAUCAAAAUGCCCUGAA